AUGGCCGACACUGGACGCAGUCCGAGACCUGCUGGAGGAGCAGUUCGUCAGCGCAGAGGAGGUUAGUUUUUCUUUCAAAUCCAUUUCACUAGCAGUUCUAAAAACUCCUUUCAUAUAGGAGCCACUGCCGCUCCCGCCCGUGCUCGAGGAGGAAAUAACGGAGGAUUGUGGCGUUUCUACACAGAGGACUCGACCGGACUCAAGAUAGGACCAGUCCCAGUUCUUGUCAUGUCUCUUGUCUUCAUCGCUUCGGUCUUUGUACUCCACAUCUGGGGAAAAUUCACCAGAAGCCGCGCUUAA